CUCUACAGAAGAAGAGGAUGACUGGAAGGCUAGGGUUUUGUAAAGAUAUCCUUUUUGAGAAAUUAGAAAUAUGUCCCUAAUUUUGUGCUAUAUUAUGAUUAGUCACUGAACUUUUAUAUUAUAUAUUGUUAUUUUUACCCCAAUGCCUUCCGGCCAUCCGCCACUGCCACUACGGUUUUUGGGAUUUUUAUUAUUCAUAUCUUGUUCUUUUUUCUUGUUUUAGUGUUUAGCCUUGUCUUGGAGAGUACAACCCCACAUCACUGGUAAUGAUAAGAUUUGAUUUGGUUGUUUAUUUAAUCUAGGUUUGUGUUAAGGUAUAUGAUUCGGGGAUUUUGAUUUUUGUUUUCACUUGCGUUUAUGGCUUCGGCGUAAUGCAUCUCCUCAAUUUAUUCUUUCUUGUACUCAAUCAAGCCUUGGAGGAGAAGCCUUCAUUCGCCUCUUUGCUCCACCGUAUCACGAUUAUACAUGUAGUUAUAUUUUCUUCGUUGGUCUCUCUGACAUGUAUUUCCAUCAUAUGUAGAGCACCAAGUUAAGAAUAUCUUCAUCACCUACUUGGCCAUACUACCAGAUUGUAUGUUCUUACUAUAUAUUUAUAGCCUUCACUGGAAAAUACUAAGCAUAAACUCUCUGAUCAAUUUUGUCAUGUUCCACUUCAGAACAUACAUUUAAGACUCAUUUGGAAGCUCUAGAAAUGGAGGACAUAGAGGAUUUGUUUGCCGGAAGCAUUAGUGGAGCUCCUCCUGGAUUUCGAUUGCCACUGACUUCAGUUGGAUUGAACCCAAAGAAGUCAAAAAAGACACAUCUUCUCGAUUAUGCUAACAACAAUGGUUUCACUCCUAAAAUUCCUGGCACUCAGACAAUUUACAUCAAGACCUUCGGAUGCUCGCACAACCAGAGUGACAGUGAAUAUAUGGCUGGUCAGCUUUCAGCAUUCGGUUAUUCAUUAAGUGAAAACCCUGAGGAAGCAGAUUUAUGGCUUAUAAACACCUGUACAGUUAAAUCUCCUAGUCAGUCUGCCAUGGACACUAUAAUAACUAAGGGAAGAAGUUCAAAAAAGCCGCUUGUGGUGGCUGGCUGCGUUCCUCAAGGAAGCCGAGAUCUGAAAGAAUUAGAAGGGGUCAGUGUAGUAGGAGUCCAGCAAAUUGACAGGGUGGUUGAAGUUGUUGAAGAGACUCUGAAAGGUCAUGAGGUGCGGCUUCUGAACCGCAAAACUUUGCCUGCACUUGACCUUCCAAAGGUAAGAAAGAACACAUGUGUUGAGAUUCUUCCUAUUAAUGUUGGUUGUUUAGGGGCCUGCACUUACUGCAAAACAAAGCAUGCUCGUGGUCACUUGGGCAGUUAUACUGUUGAUAGCCUUGUAGGACGUGUAAGAUCUGUCAUAGCUGAUGGUGUUAAAGAGAUUUGGUUGAGCAGUGAAGAUACCGGAGCUUACGGUCGAGACAUUGGGGUCAAUCUCCCAAUAUUGUUGAAAGCUAUCGUUGCUGAACUUCCUUCUGAUGCAAGCACAAUGCUUCGCAUUGGUAUGACAAAUCCUCCUUUUAUUCUAGAGCACUUGAAAGAGAUAGCAGAUGUUUUGUGCCACCCAUGUGUAUACUCCUUCUUGCAUGUACCAGUUCAAUCUGGUAGUGAUGCAGUCUUGAAUGCUAUGAAUCGGGAAUAUACUGUGAGUGAGUUCAGGACUGUGGUAGAUACCUUGACUGAGCUUGUGCCUGGGAUGCAUAUUGCAACUGAUAUCAUAUGUGGAUUUCCUGGUGAAACAGAUGAAGAUUUUGCUCAAACUGUUAGCCUCAUUGAUCAGUACAAGUUCUCUCAAGUUCAUAUAUCACAAUUCUAUCCUCGACCAGGGACACCUGCUGCGAGGAUGAAAAAGGUUCCUAGUACUGUAGUGAAGAAACGGAGCCGUGAGUUGACUACAGUCUUUGAAUCUUUCACACCUUAUAGUGGAAUGGAAGGAAGGGUGGAAAGGAUAUGGAUAACAGAUAUUGCAACCGAUAGAGUUCACUUGGUUGGCCAUACCAAGGGAUACAUACAGGUGCUUGUAGUUGCUCCACAGAGUAUGCUAGGAACUUCAGCCAUUGUGAAAAUAACAUCUGUAGGAAGGUGGUCCGUUUUCGGUGAAGUGAUUGAGACUGUUGAGGGUAGGAGUUCCAAAACAGCUUCAUCAACCAUGGGGGCUUCUUCUACCGAUGACAAGUGUAGCCCUUGCUCCAACGCUUGCAGCGAGGGUUGUGAGUCUUCAAUAGUGCAAGAAGAAACAUGUGAUUGUGGACCAGGAGGCUGUGCAGGAACUACUGUGGAACAAACUGCUGCCUCAAAUAAUUCCAUUUCUCAAAAUGAUGGAAGCAGCAGAAAUCUCGUCGGAUGGUUGCUUAGGAAGCGAAAAAACCAUGUGCAGAAGCAGAUGGAGACUGAAGUAACAACUGGGUCUGAUAAAAAACAAGAAUGGGCUGAACAAAGUACUGCUUUGUGGAACACGGUGGAUAGAGUUCUUCUUGGUGGAAUGCUUGUGAGCUUCCUGACAAUCGUUGUGCUACUUAUACAUCUUGGAUUUAGGACUUUGUCUAACUAGAAAGCAAUUUUGUUUGAAGGAUGCUAUUAUGCAAAAAAAAAAAUUGCUAUUUCCAUUUGGAUGCUUCUUUUUGAUAUGAUUGUUAUUCAAUUACUACACUGCAAAACACUUGGAACUCA